ACAACAUCGGAGAGCUUUCAGACUCUACUCAUGUCUAUGGAACGAGACUUUUCCAGUGACGAUGAAGCGUUCACGAGCAUGUUCCCUAUCCACCGCGCUUGUCGUGAUGGAGAUGUUGGAGCUUUGCUGUCACUGAACCAGCAUCACACUCAUCUAACAACCGAGGACUCCUGCUACGGCUGGACCCCCAUUCACUGGGCUGCUCACUGUGGACAGUUGGAGUGUGUCAUACGCCUGGUGCAGAUGGGUUGCGACGUGAACGCAGUGUCGAGUCGCUUCAAGCAGACCCCAAUACACACAGCUGCGCUCGGCGGGCAUCCUCGCUGUGUUUUGUGGUUGUCGCAGGCUGGUGCAGAUGUCAACCGGCAGGAUUUGGUAGGAGAAGCUCCCAUCCACAAGGCUGCCAGGGCAGCCUCCAUGGAGUCCAUCCAAGUUCUGUUGAUAGCGGGUGCCAAAUUGCACUUAACGAACACCAGCGGGCAGACCGCAGCUGACCUGGCGCGCAGUCACGGUUCUGACGACUGCCUGCGCCUCAUCGCCAACUUGCAGGAGCACCUGCGGCAGCUCGGUGAGCUUCAGGGCAACGGGGAAAAGAAUGGGAGCGGCCCCGUCCGUGGUCCUGGUCUGCUCUGUCGGAAAAGGCUGCAGUCUGCUUUUGAGAAUGGUCAAACAAAGAAAGCAAGGAGAGAUGUGUUCCAGCAGAUGCAACAUUUUGAACCUGAAGACAGCAUGGAAUCCGACUGUGGAGCAGAUUGUACUGCAGUCACUGACAGCGUCCAUCCACCCUCGCCUGUUGACCACAAUGAUGACGAACCAAUGAAAAGCGACGAAAUUUCCACACGGCUGUCUUGGCAACAGGCAGGUUCGCCAUCCACUCAGCGCCACUCAGCAGACAUGUGCGGCUCACUGCAUCUGACAGGAAGUCCCAACGGCUGCGUGUCCCAUCAGCCUGAGUUAGAGAAACUACAAGGAGCCGAUUGCGGCGACUUCCUACUUUAUGGACAUCACCACGGCUUUGGGGACACAGCGGAGGAGUUGUCUGACAGAGGCCACAUCUGACCGAAGUCCUUUCAAAAUGCGGAAGGUGGCAUGUAUGUCUGCGAGGACUCAUAAGCUAAAAGCCUUUUGAUAUUUUCCUCACAGAUUGUCACAUUUCCCCCUAAAUAGUUCACGUAAAAUUUGGUCAUGAUACUGAUCGUAAUAUUUUUUUGUGGACACAUUUUGGGAAUGUCCUCUUGGUGCUGCAUCUGACUCCUGGUUGUAUUUUAUAAAACACUUGUUUCCUGACCUUUUUUUUUUGAAAAAUUGUAUAUUUUACAUUUUUUUACAGUACAAAGAAAGAAAUGUCACAAAAAAAUCUAUAAUUGUACUUUUGUACUUAGUGUGAAAUCUUUGAUGUAUGACUGAACACAGGUGGCUACGCAGGUUAAUUAUUCCUUCUGCAAUCUAAUGGAAGAGCAUAUUGGCUGUGAAUUAAUGCUACAGAAUACCAAACAGACCUUGCCUCUUUCCCUACUUGUAUUGCUGUAAACAUUGUGCAGUUUUGUAAAGUGAACACUACAGCGAGUCACUUGGUCAGGGUUGUCUUUUUAAUCUGUAAUGGCUGCAUCCUGACGUACUUGAAGUACACUCCUGAGCUAAUACAGUAUACUUUGUUUGUUU